AAAAUGUGACAGUUCACCGAUUGUUUACAGCCAUGAGCAGCAGUAGAAGCAGCAGCAGCAGCAGCAGACAGAAGAAAAAUCCAAUUGUCCGUUUUCUUGAUGCGUGUACGCAAAGUUUCACGACAGUCCCGGGCAGCGGUAAAAUUACAGAUCGUUGUAACAUUAUUCUUGCAUAAGCAAGAACGUAUUUCUGGUUCGUUCGUGUGGUAACUGGUGCUUAUCGUGUGUGGGCUUAAAAUCGGCGUCAAGUACAGCAAAAAAAAAAAUCGGGCACGUCCGGCUACACUUUUUUUUCGGUGCAACGUGCGUGCUUGUAGAUAUAUGAGCGCAUGUGAGUGUGUGUAUGUGCUACUGUCAAAUGUGUGUGUGUGUUUCUUUUUAGUGCGCUCAGGGAAUAUAUUUCGCGAAAACCCGAAGCAAUCCAAGAAAGUCCCUUGCCUACAGUGUUCAGUUCCGACGCGCACUGAAGUAUGCACCAUUUUGUAUUAAGUUGUGUUAUUGGAGCGUUCGCGAACGCGUAAGGUGAUAAGUAAUAGUCGAGUAGCAGCAGUUUUGCACCUUUGAUCAGUGGACGGAGAAGUCGGUCUGUGGGUGUGUGCGUGGCCUAUUGCGUUUUGCGUUCCCUUUUACCUCCGCUUGGCGAACAGCAGCCCAGUCUGUCCUUCCAAUCGUAUUGCGAAUGACGGGAAAAACGGAACAACCGGCCCUGGCAGUAGGACCAUCGUUUCGUGGCGGUUUCAAUCGAACGUAGCGUGCGAGAAGAAGCAGCGACGAAGAAGAAAAGCAUCGCGCGCGCCACUCGCACCGCGCUUCCGUCUUUUGAGCUUCCGUUGCCUUCGCCUUCGAAGGAGCCACGGCGGCUAGAACGAAAACGGCGUUAAUCGAGCAGAAAAGAAGAGUGAAAGUGCGUUGUACACUGGUGGGCAGUACAGGGUGAAGGUGCAUAAUGUCGGAUGUAAAACGCGCCAUUGGCGAUGUAAUGAAAAAGGGCGGCGGUGGCGGUGGUAGCGGUUCCAAUCCAUUCAGUGCCCUAUCGGCGUCAGAGUGUUCGGUGUCAGCAGCGACCCUAAAUCCCUUCGGUAACAGCGACAAAGAUGGCCGAGGGGAUCGAACUAAUGGGGCAAACGGAAGUGGUGGCAAGGGUGGAAGAAAGUUCCCAACGAUACGUCUCGAGAUGAACCUCUUCGAACCGACCGCCGACAGUUUUCCGGAGUUUAACUUUUCCAAGCUGAUCCACGAAGAACAGAAACGUCUUAAAAAGGCACAGAAGAAACAAAUCGAUAGAACAUCCAAUGGAUUCCUAUCGGAUCCGGAUAUGGAUGUUGAAGUCGAACGAAUGGCUAAAGAGUUGGAGAGAAAGUAUGGUAUGGGGUCAGAAUAUGCCACCAAGGGCAAAACAGCCCGUCCGACCAAGCUGGAUUAUUAUGAUCGUGGUGCGGGCUACGACGAGGAAGAUUCCUUCAUCGAUAAUUCUGAAGCGUACGACGAACUCAUACCGCAGGAAGUGGAAACCGUCGGUGGUGGAUUUUACAUAAACUCGGGGCAGUUGGAAUUUAAGCAGCUGUCCAACUUCGAGCGUCCGGAAGAUGCACAACGCAUGCCGAAACCGAAGAAACGUGCUCUUUCAACAUCGUCCGAAAGCAGUGAUGAAGAGGAACCAGCUGGAGAGAAAAAGAAAUCGACGCAAAGCGUUCCGCAAGCGCAGAAAGUGCAGGCGGAAAAGUCGGCUACACUGACGGAAAGCCAGCAAAAUCGACCAGAGGCUGUAGAGCACGAUAAAGGAACCGUAUCGGUUGUCGUAUCGAGUGAACCAACUGUUGCUGUACUGGAAGAUGAAAAAUCUCGUCUAAAUGGUCAUGUCGCGAAGAAGCAAAAGAUGGUAGAUAAUGGGCCAAUUGGAGUGGAUCAGAAAGCAAAACCUUCGGCCGGUGGUGAGUCUGGGAAGGAAAAAACAAAUGGCGUGAAAGCUAAAUCAUCAACCAGUGUCAGUGCCGUAGCGAGUGUGACCACAGCAGGAAGUGUGGACAGUAGUAAAAAGGAGGAAAAUGGUGGUGUGAAAGAAUUGAAGACCACCACCGUGAAGGAUAUGUUGCGGGCCAAGCGGGAUAGUUUGCGAAAAAUGGAACAGGAGAAGAAAGGUCGUAGCAGUGGUUCGAGUCGCGUUUCCAGCUCGGAAGCGGAAGAGGAUGGCGAUGGUGGUGGAGAUGAGGAGGACGAGGACGAAGAAAACGGCGAGGGUGAUGAUGAGGAUGAAGAGGAAGACGAAGUGUACGGAUUAGAGGAAGUUGGAAGUGAUAAAAAUUCGCGCGAAUCUGGUUCGGACGUGGAUAUGGUGUCGGACAGUGGGAGCAGCCAUAAGAGUGAAAAGAACGCAAGGGGGAAAGUGAUGCAGUCGGUAAGCAGCACUGGAACGGUGGCAACGAAUGGAACGGUCGACAGUGAGGGACGUGCGGUUGUAGCACCGAGCGGACCACAACAGCCUUCCAAGGAACGGAAACAGAAGGACUGCAAGCUGCCAGAAGAUAUUCCCGACCAGCUGCGCAAGGAUGUGGACGCAUUGAAGGAACAGGCGCGUGCUGUGCCCGGCAAUGGAAAGUUAAACUUCUUCGAAAACAAGAUAGCGGACCUACUGAUACGGAUCGACGAUAGUGCACGUUCCAGCAUUGGUUCCAGCAAAAAAAAUGCGAUCUUUCGUCACCUGGAGGCGCAGCUGUCGAUAAGCCGUCAGUCUCUUCAGUUAAAGCUGAAAAAGAUUCGCAUACGAAAGCUUGAAAACAAGUCGAAAUCGGUACUUUCGAAACUAGAGGAUGUCAUUACCGAUACGAUGCCUGCGGUUUUAGCUAAGCAUCAGCUAGACUGUACGAAGGUGAACGAUUUGCGAGUAGCAGCAGCUGCCGCUGCACAAGCCGCCACUUCACUGCCAAAUGGGGAGAAAAGCGAUACCCCACCAAACCCAACUCCACAGAUAAGAAAUCCAAAGAAAAAAUACUCCUGGAAUGAGCGAUCGCGCAAUCUGCUCUGGGAGCUGUACAACAUCCGCCUGCAAACGUACGCACUGGUGCGGCCCCGCAACCAAACGGAGGAAGAAGUGGUGGCCGAGUAUUUGCGCACCAAAGUAGUGCCACUGUGGCCGAAAGGUUGGAUACGCUACGAGGACAUCCACAAGGAGUUGGAUCGGCGGAAAAAGGCACUGGCGAAGAGUCAGGGCAACACCACCGUUGCGGCACAGAAUUCCACGGGGAAAAAAUCCACACCUACCGGUUCGCCUCUCCUAUCGCCCGGAUCGAUAGUCGACGCAGCGCUACUGACCGGUAACAGUAUAAACGGUACGAAAGCGCCAGAUGGCUAUGUUCCGCCCCGAUCGUCCACACCGUCGAGUGUAAAGUCGACCAACAGUAAGGGAGGCAUGGAUGUGGAGAAGGGUUCCGGUUCCGUGAACAACGCAACACAUCACUCACCAAUCACGGUGCAGCCGACUGCCGCUAGUAUGUCGCCCAACUCUUCCUUUAAGCGUACCUCGGACCAUAGCAUUACAAACAUAAUGAACUCACCGCCACCGCCAGUGGAGAAGCAAUCCGGCGAGCAACGUCGCUCGUUCGAUGCGAUCGACCAAUCGCCGAUUACAUUUGCCAGCAUGGACGGUCAGUCCGGGCUGGGUAAAGAUAGUCUGAAACGAUCGCCUGUCACGCCUGUAUCGAUCAACCUGUCGCCCGGCGAACGAAGACACCCAUUGGCAUCGCCAGACCGGCAGAGAUGGAACAGCCGGGAGGAUGAUAGCGAUAGUAGCAUUGAGAUAAUCGCGGAAUAUAACGUUCCCAGGGCUGGUACGGCAAUGUCCUUACAAUCCGGUGCCAAUCUAUCCGCUUCCGUGAGCGUGCUUCAGCCGACAGCAACACCACUGCCCGGUGCUACGGCCAAUCUGCCUGUUUUGAAUAAAGAAAAGUAUAAAAACUUAAUCGCAGGAAAGCAUAAGACGCACGGCGGCAGUGGUAGCAGCGCUGGCUCAAGUCCGAUCACCGCUGGUGACAUUGUGUCGCCGGCAAUGGGCAGUGGAAAGUACUCGAAACACUCACCGGUAGCUGGAGGGCAUGGUAAUGUUGCUUCGUGCGGCAUCAUUGGAUUUGCGGCACCAUCCGGUAAUGUCAGUGGCAAUAUGUUACUUUCCGAUGUGAUCGGUGCUGGUGGAGGAGGAAGCGUCCGGUUGAAGGAUACACCACCGCCCCUCGACGUUGACCAGAUAAUGAAGGAUCUCAAGGAAUUACAGAAACAACAAAAUGUUGGUGGUACGAACCGAAAAUCAGACAGCACAGCGUUACAGUCGCAACAGCAGCAUGAAGUAGCAGCAACGGCAUCCACGAUACCAGCAGCAGCAUCGGGGAAUGUUGUUGCCGACUACUUUAUCGACUGUGAUAUGGAUGAGGACGAUAUUCUCUUCGCCACGAACUACACGUACAGUGGUGGACACAAGAACUGAACGAGCAAAUGCCGUCCAGCAAUACACUGAACGUUUGCCCAAGCAUAUUACAUUGAUCGGUUUUCAAACGUUCUAACCUUUGGAAAGAUCGUUCUGAUAAGAAAAAAAUGGCAGCAUAAGCCUUUGGUGUUGCGGGUUCGUGUUACACCUCGCGUAUCCAAUGGGGAAGUGAAUCCUGCUUCUUAAACAUGGCCAACAGUAAAUUACUAGAACCCACUAUCAUAAUGGGCGCCAAAGAUACGCACACGCACUCACGUUAUACAACUGCGAGUAGCGGUGUGUUUUUGAGCGCUUUGUACAAAAUUGCGUAAAUGUGUUUUCUAAUGUUAAAACGGCUGGUGGCUGAUUUGUUAGAGAGUGGCAUGACCCGAGGGGGGAAGCAUAAGAGACACAAAUACUGAUCGUUAGUUUAAAAAUGUUGCAAAGAUAUGGUAGAAGACAUUAGGUAGAUGAAGCCGUAAUAACUACUACUACUUGUUGCUCAUAAAACGACGCCAAUGGUAAUUGCAAAAUAAGUUAAACAAGUGAGAGGAAAACAAAGUAACGAAAGGAAUGCGUAAGUGCGUUAAAACCACAAAUCCUAUCCUCGUGUGUAGUGUCCGGAUUCGAACUGAAAUUUGUUGUAAGCAGCAGUUCACUAGUGAGGAGUUUCUUUCUUCUAUUUUCUGAUUAGCAAUAGGGUUUUCUGCUUUUGUUUGCUUGCCUGGUCGCAAUAGUUUAUUGCAUUUGAUUUGUUUUACACAUGCAAAAAACAAUCCUACUCGUCACAACAGCAGCUCUGCCACUUUUAGUGAAGUAGAAAAAUAAUGUUCAACUACUGUAUGAUUGAUUGUAAGUAAAAAAGAAAAGGAAGAACUCUUUUGCAUAGAAAGUUGUUAGCGUAAAAGUGAACAAUGUAAGAUAAUUAAACACUCUCAAUUCUAUCAUUAAUUGAUGCUUUGUUUAGAGAUGGGUUUGUUUGCUUUGCAUAAGCACUUCAUUUUCAACAUUUCGGUGCGUUUUUAGUGUAUUAUUUAUCUCACUUAGUUUUUUGUUUGUCUUCAUAUCUUAUUAUGGUCGUUUCUUAAUCUUUAAUGUGUUCCACCUGUAAAAAUCUUUUUUUUCUGGAAAAGGUGUUCUUUCUUUAAGAACGCUUAGUAUAACAAAUCCAAAAUUAAACAACAAACCAAUUUCCCAAUUUUUAGGGACUAAAACUGUUACUAAACUAUGUUCACUAAUCGUACGUUAAAGAGCUUGCUUUAGUUUUCUUCUGUGUUUUUUUUUCUUUGCGAAGAAGGGAUUGGCUGGGAAAAGAAUCUAAUUUAGUCACAAAUCCAAGACCAGUAAGGUGGUUCAUUGAUUAAGAUGUAAUAAAAUGGAAAUUAGAUUUCUACACUGAACUAA